CCGGGCGGGCGGGCCGGCGGUCGGGGGGAGGGCGGACGGCGCGGCUGGCUGUAUAUAUCUCCGCGCACCCCGCCAGGUCGCGCACAGCGCCCCGAGCCCAGGCGCCUCCCCGCCCCCUCCCCGCGCUCCGCGGCGGCGGCGGCAGCAGGAGCAGCAAUAUGGCUGUGGAUGGGUGCUCGGGGCGGCGCUGGCGGCGGGAGGAGCUCCCCCGAGCCCCUGCGCCGGCUGCCCGUUGCUAGCUAUGGCAAAUGGUGGCGGCAGCGGCGGUGGCAGCACCAGCGGCGGCGGCGGAGGCGGAGGCAGCAGUCUUAGAAUGAGUAGCAAUAUCCACGCGAACCAUCUCAGCCUAGACGCGUCCUCCUCCUCCUCCUCUUCCUCCUCCUCUUCAUCCUCCUCCUCUUCCUCCUCGUCCUCGGUCCACGAGCCCAAGAUGGAUGCGCUCAUCAUCCCGGUGACCAUGGAGGUGCCGUGCGACAGCCGGGGCCAACGCAUGUGGUGGGCUUUCCUGGCCUCCUCCAUGGUGACUUUCUUCGGGGGCCUCUUCAUCAUCCUGCUCUGGCGGACGCUCAAGUACCUGUGGACCGUUUGCUGCCACUGCGGGGGCAAGACGAAGGAGGCCCAGAAGAUUAACAAUGGCUCAAGCCAGGCUGAUGGCACUCUCAAGCCAGUGGACGAAAAAGAGGAGGCAGUGGCAGCCGAGGUCGGCUGGAUGACCUCUGUGAAGGACUGGGCGGGGGUGAUGAUAUCUGCCCAGACACUGACCGGCCGAGUCCUGGUUGUCUUAGUCUUUGCUCUCAGCAUUGGUGCACUUGUAAUAUACUUCAUAGAUUCGUCAAAGAGCCGCACUGCAGACUCUUUGAUCCCAAUAGAAUCCUGCCAGAAUUUCUACAAAGAUUUCACAUUACAGAUCGACAUGGCUUUCAACGUGUUCUUCCUCCUCUACUUUGGCUUGCGGUUUAUUGCAGCCAACGAUAAGCUGUGGUUCUGGCUGGAAGUGAACUCUGUAGUAGAUUUCUUCACGGUCCCCCCAGUGUUUGUGUCUGUGUACUUAAACAGAAGUUGGCUUGGUUUGAGAUUUUUAAGAGCUCUCAGACUGAUCCAGUUUUCAGAGAUUUUGCAGUUUCUGAAUAUCCUUAAAACAAGUAAUUCCAUCAAGCUGGUGAAUCUGCUCUCCAUAUUUAUCAGCACAUGGCUAACAGCAGCUGGGUUCAUCCACUUGGUGGAGAAUUCAGGGGACCCAUGGGAAAAUUUCCAAAACAACCAGGCUCUUACAUACUGGGAAUGUGUCUAUUUACUCAUGGUUACCAUGUCCACGGUUGGCUAUGGGGAUGUUUAUGCAAAAACCACACUUGGACGCCUCUUCAUGGUCUUCUUCAUCCUCGGGGGGCUGGCCAUGUUUGCCAGCUACGUCCCUGAAAUCAUAGAGUUAAUAGGAAACCGCAAGAAAUACGGGGGCUCCUAUAGUGCGGUUAGUGGAAGAAAGCACAUUGUGGUCUGUGGACACAUCACUCUGGAGAGUGUUUCCAAUUUCCUGAAGGACUUUCUGCACAAGGACCGGGACGAUGUCAACGUGGAGAUCGUCUUUCUUCACAACAUUUCUCCCAACCUGGAGCUUGAAGCUCUGUUCAAACGACAUUUUACUCAGGUGGAAUUUUAUCAGGGUUCAGUCCUCAAUCCGCAUGAUCUUGCAAGAGUCAAGAUAGAGUCAGCAGAUGCGUGCCUCAUCCUUGCCAAUAAGUACUGCGCUGACCCUGAUGCCGAAGAUGCCUCCAACAUCAUGAGAGUAAUCUCCAUAAAGAACUACCAUCCGAAGAUAAGAAUCAUCACUCAGAUGCUGCAGUAUCACAAUAAGGCCCAUCUGCUAAACAUCCCAAGCUGGAAUUGGAAAGAGGGUGAUGAUGCAAUCUGCCUUGCAGAGCUGAAGCUGGGGUUCAUAGCCCAGAGCUGCCUGGCCCAGGGCCUCUCCACCAUGCUCGCCAACCUCUUCUCCAUGAGGUCAUUCAUAAAGAUUGAGGAAGACACAUGGCAGAAAUACUACUUGGAAGGAGUCUCAAAUGAAAUGUACACAGAAUAUCUCUCCAGUGCCUUCGUGGGUCUGUCUUUCCCUACUGUUUGUGAGCUGUGUUUUGUGAAGCUCAAGCUCCUAAUGAUAGCCAUUGAGUACAAGUCUGCCAACCGAGAGAGCCGUAUAUUAAUUAAUCCUGGAAACCAUCUUAAGAUCCAAGAAGGUACUUUAGGAUUUUUCAUCGCAAGCGAUGCCAAAGAAGUUAAAAGGGCAUUUUUUUACUGCAAGGCCUGUCACGAUGACAUCACAGAUCCCAAAAGAAUAAAAAAAUGUGGCUGCAAACGGCUCAAGGUUGAAGCUAGAUCACGCUAUUCCAAAGACCCAUUUGAGUUCAAGAACGCAACUCACAAUUCUCGGCUUGUGACCAAGCCAGUUGAAGAUGAGCAGCCCUCAACGCUGUCACCAAAAAAAAAGCAACGGAAUGGAGGCAUGCGGAACUCCCCCAGCUCCUCGCCCAAGCUGAUGAGGCAUGACCCCUUGUUAAUCCCCGGCAAUGAUCAGAUUGACAACAUGGACUCCAAUGUGAAGAAGUAUGACUCUACUGGGAUGUUUCACUGGUGUGCACCCAAGGAAAUAGAGAAAGUCAUCCUGACGCGAAGUGAAGCCGCCAUGACCGUCCUGAGUGGCCAUGUAGUGGUCUGCAUCUUUGGCGAUGUCAGCUCAGCCCUGAUUGGCCUCCGGAACCUGGUGAUGCCACUCCGUGCUAGCAACUUUCAUUACCACGAGCUCAAACACAUCGUUUUUGUGGGCUCCAUUGAGUACCUCAAGCGGGAAUGGGAGACGCUUCAUAACUUCCCCAAAGUGUCCAUAUUGCCUGGUACGCCAUUAAGUCGGGCUGAUUUAAGGGCCGUCAACAUCAACCUCUGUGACAUGUGCGUUAUCCUGUCAGCCAAUCAGAAUAAUAUUGAUGAUACUUCGCUGCAGGACAAGGAAUGCAUCUUGGCGUCACUCAACAUCAAAUCUAUGCAGUUUGAUGACAGCAUUGGGGUCUUGCAGGCCAAUUCCCAAGGGUUCACACCUCCAGGAAUGGACAGAUCCUCUCCAGAUAACAGCCCAGUGCAUGGGAUGUUACGUCAGCCAUCCAUCACGACUGGAGUCAACAUCCCCAUCAUCACUGAAUUAGUGAACGAUACUAAUGUUCAGUUUUUGGACCAAGACGAUGACGAUGACCCCGACACAGAACUGUACCUCACGCAGCCGUUUGCAUGUGGGACAGCAUUUGCCGUCAGCGUCCUGGACUCGCUCAUGAGCGCGACAUACUUCAAUGACAAUAUCCUUACCCUGAUACGGACCCUGGUGACUGGAGGAGCCACACCGGAGCUCGAGGCUCUGAUUGCUGAAGAGAAUGCCCUUCGCGGGGGCUACAGCACCCCCCAGACGCUGGCCAAUAGGGACCGCUGCCGCGUGGCCCAGUUAGCGCUGCUGGAUGGGCCCUUCGCGGACUUGGGGGAUGGUGGUUGUUAUGGUGAUCUGUUCUGCAAAGCUCUGAAAACGUAUAAUAUGCUUUGUUUUGGAAUUUAUCGUCUGAGAGAUGCUCACCUCAGCACCCCCAGCCAGUGCACGAAGAGGUAUGUCAUCACCAACCCCCCCUACGAGUUUGAGCUCGUGCCGACGGACCUGAUCUUCUGCUUAAUGCAGUUUGACCACAACGCCGGCCAGUCCCGGGCCAGCCUCUCCCAUUCCUCCCACUCGUCCCAGUCCUCCAGUAAGAAGAGCUCCUCCGUGCACUCCAUCCCGUCCACAGCAAACCGACCGAACCGGCCCAAGUCCCGGGAGUCCCGAGACAAACAGAAUGCAACAAGGAUGAAUAGAAUGGGCCAAGCAGAAAAGAAAUGGUUUACAGAUGAACCGGAUAAUGCCUAUCCCAGAAACAUUCAAAUCAAGCCCAUGAGUACCCACAUGGCUAACCAGAUCAACCAAUAUAAAUCCACAAGCAGCUUGAUUCCACCAAUCAGAGAAGUUGAAGAUGAAUGUUGACUCCCAGGAGACCAGAACUAUUUUUUUAAAGCCUGACAAACUUCAUAAAUGGUGAUGUGACUUUUCUUCCUCUUACAUGCUGAAUCACUGGUGGAAACGUUAGGCUAAGUGAGAUUGGCAAGAAAAAUAAAGUAGACGGAUCUUCCUUUUUGUCUGCCUUGAAUAUCGCUUCCAUGUAUUUUGGAAAAGAAAAUGAUUUCAUUUAUAAAUGAACAUACUUAAAUAGUUAUGUAUAGCCUCUAGCAUUUUAAAUUAUUUUUAUUUAUUAGAAAGAAAAUAUAUUUUUUCUUUUUUUUCAUUGUCAAAUAUCUUCCCUAUAUCUAAACAAUGCAAAAUCAAAAUGAGUAUGUGGCCAGACUCCUUAAUGCGUCUUUCUCUUCUUUCUCUUUUCCUUUGAGGAGAAUGAUGGUCACCACCACAAUUAAUUGUAACGAAAGGAAAUGGAUUAUUAUAAAAAAUUUUUAAAUGAUUCAAUGAUGUAAACAUGUAUUUUAGUAAAUUCAAAAGAGAAGACAAAAAAUGGGCAGGUGAAUUUCCUGGAUGGGUGUGUAUUUUGGCUGCACUGACACCAGCUCUUAAUAAAUGGAAACGUUUAUUUUCACAGUUGAAAGUCAUAUUUUUGUAGUUUUAGUUUUCAUUCUGUAUUUCUUAUCCCUUUGUUCAUAUACUGAAAGGGAAGACCUUUGUGCAGCUUUUCUACAAUUGCCAGAUCAGGUUUACCCAGCCAACUAACAAUACCAGGAGAGUUGUGAGCACGCCUGGGAAUGUGGAAAUUGAGGACCAGAUGCACAGGAGACAUUGCUCUGUCUAUUGUUGUAGUGGUGGGAAUUCCUACAUGCUGUUAUGCUUCUCAUUUCAUAUCUCCAAACUACUCAUGCAAGUAUUUCAACUAUGAAAGGAUCUGGUGGGCUUUCCCCACUCCCCAAGCCUCAGAGAUUUUAGUCUGAAAGUUUGUAAGCACUAAUGAAUAGUUUUGCUUAACAAGAGGAUAUGAUAAUACAUUCAAUCUUUUCACUGAAUUUUUGUUUAAAAGCCAAAAAUUUUCUAUAAUCAAGGAUACAACUUUUGCCCAGAUUUUAGCUUUUCAGGCUUUCCUUUAGUCACUGGGACAAAACCCACACACUUGCUACAAUAACAUACAAAAUAAUAACAAAAGGAAAGCAACAAAUGCACUUAAAACAAACGGUUAGAAAUAGGCUUGGAAAACAACCAAGCAGUGAAAUCCAAUGUAUCAGCCACUUCAAACUGUGGUCAAAAGUUUUUUCAGCCAUCAGACACAAUUACUAUGUCUCACGGCUCUGCUGCCACUUGCAUGUUCAGUGUACAGUCCUUCCGGCAACUGUUACGUUCCAAAUGAUUUAGCAAGUCUUUUAACUUCAAAAUUAUCAAUCUUCGGUACAAUUAUCAGGGUCUCUGGAGAAGCAUGGAUGUGACAGUGAUUUUUAUUGUCUUAAAAAUGUAAACUGUGGACACUUGAAGAAACCAAACUUACCAAAAUAUCCCCCAGAGUCCCAUAAUACCUAUUCCAUUAAUUCUUUAGGCCAUGACCCUGUGGUACCUAGUGUGUUAGUGCAAAUCAGAUCAGAAGCAAGCAAUGAAAUCACCAUGAAAACAUAUGUCCACUAAGUACUCCAAUUACAACAUAGGUGAAAUGAGCUUCCACCUCUGUCCCUGUGGAGCCAACGUAGUCAUGCUUCCACCGUGUAGGCGCCGUCCUGAAGUGACCUGUCAGACUGUGUCGUCACAUUUUGUAGAAUUAGUUCUAUAAAAGUAUUGUGAUUAUAAUGUAUGUCCAAUUGGAUUGUUUAAAAACUACUUAUAAUCAAUUGCUAGCCUACUCAGCAGACUAAAAUGACGUCAGCAGUCUAUAUUCAGGCUUAUAAACAUUUCCUGGUUUCCAACAAAAGUAACGUUGGUUUGUGGGGCAAAUCUCUUGCUAGGAUUUUACACUUUUCCUGGAAGCCAGGCCUUCUUUUACAUGAGGAUUUUGCACUGGGGUCACCUUGGCACAUUAACAUCAAUCCACACUCUUCUUUCCUUCAUGAACCCUGGGGGUCUCUUCUUCACUCUUGUUCCCACAACCAUUUCUGAAUUUGUCCUAACUAUUCGGUCUCCUCUGGCAGGUGAUGAUGGCCACCUAAAUGGUCUUAGGGACUUAGACGACAGAGUCCCAUGUCCACUCCCCUCCCUCCUCUCUCCACAUGAAGUCAGUCUGGAAGCAGACAUGUAAACUCCAGGCCCAUCAAUACUAGAGAUUUGAAUCUGAACUUAAAAAAACAAAAACAAAUGGCUAAGAUGGUUCUCUAUGGUACAAGUAUUCCCCCCCACCAAAAAACUAAUUAGUAGGAAUCCAGGUUCUUCUAAGGUGGAGCAGGAAGCUCAUGCUGUUUCACCUUUGUAAUAAUGAGUUGUUCUGGGCCAGAAAAUAAAAUGAGGCAUGCUUUUAAAAAAGUGUGCAAAAUGAUUGAUUGGUGGCUCCUUUGGUGAAAGUUGCUUCCUGGUAGGUUGAAAGUGAAAUGAAAACAGAAACAAGAGUGAAUGAUCACUGAGGGGCUCAACAGAAUGCCAGAGCUCUUGGUUUGUUUCGAUUUGUUGAGCUCUCCGGCCCUGACGAAGUGCUCACCUCACCCCACCAUGAAAAACUCAUCUUUCUGGAUAAAUUCAGUAUAGACCAGUGAUUGUCAUCUUUGGUACAGUGUUAUAAGGCUCUGCUCUCUUAUCUCAGUUUGGGGUUCAGAAAAGCCUUUUUCCCCAACUAAAGUUUCUUGGGUGCAUUGGGAAUCCAAGACACACCAACAGGCUAUUUUAAAAACAGAAAACACUUACUUAUAAAGGCAUUGUCCUGUCACCAUCUUUCUUUUUAUACUUUUACUUUCACCUGAGAAAUUUUAUAUUUUAAAAUAUCACCUUGAACCAAUAUAAAAUACCAUAAACAGAAAUGAUUGUAACUAAAACAUGUUGGGGGACACCCAGAAAUUCUUUCCCUGGAAAGGUUGGGACAGCUUUUGUACAAAAUGUAAUUGAACAUUUUAAGUAAACUGGGAAUUCAAACUGUUUAUUUAGGACUGGAAAGGGGGAAAGUGAUAAAGCAUAAGAAAAUUGGAUAUAUUUUCAUGUGAAAAGAUGAGAGUCUAAAUGUCCUACUGAUGGUUUCAUUGAAGGUUCUAGAACUACAACUACAAAUAACUAGCUAUACAUUUUGAAAAUGUCCUUUAAACUCCCUGAGUUCCAGUGACCUCUUUGUAAAUGAGAGUGAUUCAUUGAGAUGACUCUAAGGUCCUUUUGAGAUCUGAGAGGACAUGGUCUAAGUUAAGAAUGGGAGCACGGGAACCAGCCCUUGGAGACAAUCUUGUCCUGUGCUAGACUGGUGCUCCUCCUUGCUGUGCAUUUUCUGCCCUGGACACCGUAGCAGUUAGGUUCAUUUUUCUGCUUUACAGUUUGGAGUCUCUUUAGGUUCAAAACACAAAUUUCAAAAUUCAUACUCUCCUGAAUCACAUUGAUUAGAUUCUUCUGUGUGUUCCUGGGGCGUUCUUUGCAAUCUCAUUCCUGCCUGACCUUUUUCUUGGUUCAAUAUUCUGUUUUGGUCAACCCUUUCACCUCUAACCCAUAUCUCCAAUCUCCAGUAUGUAGUUUGAGGCUCAUGAAUACUAGGUUCCUGAGGUUUCCAUCAUUUUUUAUUUCUGCAUUCACAUCUGGGCUUUAGGGAAUAAUCAGUCUUACUUCUUACUUUAUUCCAUAUUCUCUGUUUAUUUAAUAUUUUUUUCCUUUCAGUUGUACACUGUCUCUUUGCUACAUUCAUAAGUCUAGUUUUGACCUAUCAUUUUUCAUUGUUAAAGAGAACCUCAGUAAAUGACGCAAGGAAGGGAGGUAUAAAAGGAGGAAAAGAUGUAGAAAGAGAGAGGAAAAAAGAAUAUCAAACCAAGUGACUGGGAUGUGAGCCACUUCACUCAUCGGAGACUAAGGAAAUCCAGUCAACUUGGACAUAGAGCUCCAGUGCAGAAUCUGUCUACUUUUUAUUCUUUCCCUGUAGCCUGUCUAUUUUCUGUUCUGUUCCUAUUUGUUGCCUUUGGAGUGGUAGUAAAAUCACCAAUUACUGUGGCCCAUGAAAAGGCCUUUACUAUUUAGGGCUUGACUUACCAUCUUUUAAAAACAGAAGGAACUGAGAAUUCACUUAUAACUUACCUGGUUAAUUACCUUUCAGCCCUUCCUCUGCUCAUCCCAUGUGUGAAGGGCAGUUUUUUCCAUUUAGAACAGAUGAUUUAACAUUCAAAUCCCAUGUCUAUUUGAGGAAGUGAGGUGGCCCUCUGGAUUUAUUUAUGAAAAAACAGUAAUUAGAAAUGAUUUCCAGCCAGUUUCUACCAGUGUGACCAUAUUGGUUGUUUAAGUGAAGUCUGUUUUGAUUGGUUGUUGCCCAUGCAAUAACAGUUGUUAAUAUUUUAAUAAUUGCUGUAUAAUAAUUCAAAUACUUUAAUUUUAUUUCCAAUUUGUUAUCUCUAUUGUAAGCUUGUUAGGAACAUAUACAGAGAGAAAGCAGCAUGUGUGCCUGAUGUAGCAGGUCCCCUACAACAGUGGAAUGUUCCAUGAUAUCACAGCCUCAUGUGGUUCGACUAGGAAGCAGUUUUAGGUUAGAUUAUCUGUACCAGACCUUCAUUUUUGUACCUUGUUUUAUUUAGAAAGAAAAUGGGCCUGAAAAUUCUGUAUCUAAAGAUAAGUUUAACUCAAGACAUUGGUCAAGGAGCUGGGAAGGAAGAACAAAAACAAAAAGAUAAAAACAGCAUUUUAAAGCACCAUCAGCCAGGAGCAUAUGUGUCAUGGCAGGAGUUAGUACUCUGGGUUGAAAUGAAUGAGAGGUUGCAUUGACCUCCAUGGGCUGGGAAAAAUACAGAGGAAUAUAAUGCUUGAUGGGUUUUGGAAGUAUUUCAAUAAGCAAUAAGUGACUGGAGAAAUGUGUAGCGUGAGGGUUUUUCAGGGAGAGGGGGUUUAAUGGGCCAUAGCUCAUUGGUAAGAAUGUGAUUUCCAUACAUAGACCAUUUUGUCUAUGGGGACGAGUUCACAUAGGAGAGCUGAGGAAAACUAAGAGGAGAUUUCCUGGAAGGGACUAGAAAGUAAAUAGUUUUAAAGGCCAACCUAAGAGAUUGAGACUUAUUUUAAAAAGUCAUGGAAAGCUACUAAGAGUUUUAAACAGAAUGAUGAACACCAAUGCCUAUGUAUCGGUCAGGUUAAAAGUUUUGAGAUUCAGUUCCUCCUGGAAGUCAUCAUGGGAGUGUACACAAAGAUGAACAUUUUCUCAGUAGCAGUGAGUUCUCAGGGGUGCACACUCCAAGUCAACACGAAACAUUCUAAAGCUCCUGUCUUCCUCCAAUAUGUGUUAUGGGUCCUGAUAACUAUAGCAGCUUAGUUGGAGUUGUAGACGCUGGCGUGUGGGCUGGGAGUUGGGACAAUGACUAUAGUCCUGGAAAAGGUUCUUUGUGAAAAGAACACUGAAUUUGGAGCUCAAGGGAAGAAACAUGUAGAGGGAUAGAAAAGAAAACAGGAAGGGGGGCCUGCAAGCGCGGGCAGCUAAGAAAUACAUUGCAUUAACCCAGCAUGGAAGAAGCUGAGAGCUUCAAGUAAGAGAAGGCAUCACAUGCGUAAGGAAAAGUGUGGAAGAGAGGGUAGGUUAUAGCAGACCUUGUAGAUUUGCAAACCAGGUCCACAGAAGUUAGUUGUAAAAAGGGGAGCAUGGCUGAAUUCUCCAAGGGAGGAAUUGCAGGCAUGAAAAAUCAGCUGUCAGAAGACUUUUAGGGGGUUACCCCCAUGUUUUUAGGGGCUAAAAAGAGUAGGAUUAGUUGACACUCUUGGGAUAGAGGACCUAGGGUACUCCAGAACCAGGAAAAUGAGAAACAUGAGAGGGAAACUUUAAGAUGGAGAGGUUGGAGAUGAAGGGUAUUAGAGAUCAUGGCUCAUAAGUAAAAGGACUCACUUGACAAGGCCAGGAACUUUGUUUAUGUGUCAAAAGACCUGGCCAGGGUAGGCAUUCAGCCAGCCAUUGUGAGUUACUUUGGAUGCCAUGGGCAAUGGAGGUUGGACAACUCUUCCAGAUCCCUUCUUCCUGGAGAAGGACUCAGAAGAGAGGACCUCUUCUUUCACCUCCCUGUUCAUGUCACUCCAUUCUUUCUCACCCCCUAACUCAAGCACACACACUGGUGCUUUGGUUUCAGGCUGCUUAAGUGCUAUAAUCAUUUUGCUUUGGUGGCUUUUCUUGACAGGCAGCACGAGAAGAGUAUUUCCUGGCCUGGUGAAAACUAACAUUAAUUUCUAGGUAGAUUUUAAAUUUUAAAAUGUUUCAUUUGGUCUGUUUAUCCCCUUGAGCAUUUCUGUGUUUCCUCUCCUCCACAUUGCCCUUCAGCUGAAUAGGGACGAAGUGACAGCAAAGCUGUGUUAGGAAGCAGUACCAGGCCCAUUGCUCAGAAUCUCAGAAAUGUGGACAGGGCACUAACACGUGCCUGCCAGGACAAACCAGAGUUUUCCUCACAUAGGAUUCAGGAUUAAUUUGAGAUGGUAGCCAGCAGGGCGGAUAGAUCCCCACUUCCACACUGAACCAAAGCCCUGGCCACCCCAGGCAGGCCUGCUCCCCUUCUCCUUCUGUUGAGCACAGCCUGAGAAACAUUUGACCAGAACUGAAACAUUUCAAAUGUAAACCAAGAUUGGCCUGGAAAUCUUUAUUUAAAAUGUUCCAUUCCUAGGUGGCACAAUCACUUCCUGCCUAAAACUUCUGGCCCGCUUCCCACCACCCAGAUCCUGUAAAGAAACUUGCCCCCACUUCACACCAACACCUGCACUCAACAUUUCUUCAGGGGACAAAGUAAAAAAAUAUAUGCUUACACAGAGGUCAGCCUACAUGUUCAUUAAGGAAGAAGAGUGUGGCUUAUUCAUCUGUGUUUUCAACUUUUGAUUGUUGGCAUUAUGAUUAUGAUUACAAAUUAAUGACUUGACUGACAGGAAUUGGAGAAAAGAAUACAUGCUGGUGCUCUGAAAUGAUCUACCCAACUCUGUCAUCUGUAACAACCAGUGAUAACUCUCUUGUCUUGUAAAAAGGGUUUGUACAUAACUUGUACAUGGUUUCAUUUUGUAUUUUUC